AUGCCUAUCGGCAAAGAACUGAAGACGACACGCCGGCAUCUGCUGUCGGGAAUGCUAAUCAUAAUCAGUGGACUGCGCGAGAAGACAAGAAUUCUAGGCGAGAAGACAUCCGAUGCAGAGACGGCUAGAGAGUACAUCUCCGGCAAUACGCGAGGAGCAUGCCAAAGUAGGAUCGAUGUUGACGAAGGUGGGAUGAGCAUCGAACGAGAAGAGCUGGAUCCAGUUUCGUCUCUAACAGCGCCGAAAGCGGGCAUGGAGAGGAAGGCUAAGACGAAGAAGAACGAUACGUCGAGCGCUCAGCCGACAGAAGCCAGCGUCACCAGGGACUUUUCAGAGAUUCUCGAGUCGUAUGGAUCGAAGCAUCUACACUGUCAAAUGCUUAGCAUCGGUGGCUUCUCCGACUAUCACCAGACUGUUCAGAAUUGGCGAGUUGCUGUACGGUUCAAGACGCUCGCAGACCGCUAUCUCUGGAACCCGCUACUACUGCCGGUCAUAUCAGGGAAGCCGUCGGAGCAUAGGCUUCGGCCAUCACUGAAGUCAGCACCUUGGAUCAGCUUCUACGGCAUGAAAAGACGAAAGGGUACUCGCUGCGAGCAUGACUUCUUGUCCCAAGAUGGAGGACCUAGUCGAAGUCGAUCUUGCAUACCUGGCAUAAUGGGAAAGAGUAUGCAGAAGCACCUCCACGAAAGCGGCUCCAUGAAAGCGCGAGUAUGUAUAUGCUGCUUGAUUCUCUUCAUCCAGGCUGACUCUUAUAGCGCGCGUACUUUGAUUCUCCCUAUACUUAGCGUCGCGAGCCACGAGCAAGAAGACACUGCGGAAAUGGCAUUCGAGAUGGCUGCGAGGACGCUGGGCCUCUUCAGUGUGAAGGAUGUGGUGAGAUGCAGAGCAGAUGAGGCACAUCGGCGUCGAGGCGAUGGAUUCGUCAGGAUGGUCUGGAAGCUGCCUGCUGCUGGAGCUGCAAAUCUGAGCGCAUUUGUGAGUAAUGGUGUGGUGCCGAUUUCGAGUCGGCCAUACGCCCAAGACAUCAUUGACAAAAUGCGCGCUGCUCUUGGAAGCGAAGAUGGCAUAAGCUUGGUGCGCUGGUGCAGCAUGCUGCACGGCCGAUUCUCCGCAGAACAGACCCACCACAUCCCAUCUGUCAACGAGCGACCUACCUCUUGCUGUCUUGGUGGAAUGCUGGCUGCUGGCCAAUUCUCCUGUCAGCCAUCUGACCUGUUUGCAAGCACUGAGCAACAAUUACGCAAAAUGAAACCUGCUCGUCGAAAUUGGAGGCUUAUGAAGGAUGGUUCUACAUUCGCGACAGCGAGAACGCUCUUGUCGCCAGCAACGUCUGUCGUGCUACAUGCCAACUACUUGGAGUGUUCAACAACACGUCUAGUUCCGUGGUAUUCAAACUUGAACUUGAACAACCAAGAUACUUGUGUCCCUGAUCUCAUCGCAAUCGCGGACACGGAAACAGUGUUUGCAGUGUUUCUCCAUCGUGCUUCCCAACCGAUCGUUCUGGCAAUCCCAAUAGGCCUAGGCUUCGGCUUCAUGUUGGUGUGGUUCCCAAUUGCAGACAUUCUGGUAACUUGGACCCAUCGUGGCCUUGUCCACCUAUGCUUUGAGACACCCGUGGAACUGGCCAUCACCGAUGCGGCGCUUUCGGCAGCUUGA